GCAGUUCUUCAGCCACAUGAGCUUCCGCAAGGGGCUACAAAUGUUCACCUACCUGAGCCUGAUCUGUGCUUUCAUCCGCGCCAUUCACAUGUGCGUCCGCCUGUCCAUGUUUGUCGUGGAGGCCUGCGACGAAUACUUUCAAGACUUCACGAUGAACGACGACGAGGAUGAGGAAGAAGUAGACCUUAUCAAAACGAAAAAUCUUCCCUUCACCCCAUAUCAAAACAAAAUUUCUAAUGCUGGAUCUGCAUUUGGAUACACAAAUCAUAAUCAAAAUUGUGAUGCAGUAGAGGACUGCACACAGAACAGAUACAGAUCCUCAGCCUAGGUAGGGGCCUCUUGUUGUAGGCGCCUAGCAUGGUAGACGGCUACCCUGUAGACCUUACAGCAUUACAAAUCGCCUGCGUAUUAACGUGGCGGACAGCUGCCUGAGUGUGCCGCCUUGCAACACUCACCCGAUUUGUGGCCACAAAUCUGCAUCACAAAUUUUCAGCAGGAGGAUGCGGCUUCAAUAUGGGGCGGGGGGACUUUUCCUAAUGAUAGCCCUCCACCACGGGGCAACAUCUUCUAUUGAUCUUCAUCAUGGUGAAACUGGAAUUCUGGAUGGGGAUCAUGAGACAACAUUUGCUGAGGAACAUGGACAAAAUGGACAAUAUCGAGAUGAAGUAGGCGGUAUUUUUGCGCAGGAGCAAGCUACGCACCCUGGUCCUGGUGUUGAUAUCUUUGCGGCCAACUACACAGACGACCACCAGGACGAACGCGGGGAGGGGCACCACAUUGUCCCGCAGGGACUGCUGGU